UCCAAUGAACGUUUGCCUGUAUCGUUUUUUCCCUUGGCUGCGACCGCAUUGCUACAAAGUUUAAGUAGUCACAUUUGAAUGUUACCAGCAGAGUUUUGAUUUAAUGAUUGUGUAGCAGCGCCCAAGACAGUUUUUGGUACCUUUCAGCUCGUCCUCCUGCUAACAAAAAACGCGUGUGUGCUCUGGAGACGAUGAAAACUCAGUGACCCGCAUGGAAAUAUAGAGCUCAGCUUUCCAUCUGCUGUCGGUUUUGUGUUAGACGAGUUUUUUUUUGUGAGGCUGGUCGAUGUGAAUGUGGUUGUUGACUCAUAGUUGCACGAGAGUUGCUUCAACGUUAUACGCAGCGCGUGUGUUCUUUAUCAUUUUAGCUUGUACACAGUGUUUCGUCACACAGCCUCAGUGUCAGUUGUAUUUUUCUUAAUUAGAGAUGCGUGUGCGCGGUGGACAUCGAAACAACCAAGUGUUUCAAUUUUAGUGUGGAAACUCUUUUUCAGGCAAUAACAGGCGUUUUUUUGGACGAAUUAGUGGAAGCGUAAACAAAUACCACAGUGAUUCCAAAGCAACAUGCCCAUUAGGCGUUUUGGGGGUCACAGGUCUCUGGUCUCUCACUCUCAACCCUCAAAGCUGUCGUAUGGUUACACGAAAAUGAAUGUUUCAAGAAGUGGCUACCGAGUUUUUUCUGCCAACUCCACCACCGCCUGCACAGAGUUGGCCAAGAAGAUAACAGAACGCCUGGGUGUGGAAUUGGGCAAGUCUGUGGUUUAUCAAGAGUCAAAUACAGAGACUAGAGUGGAUGUGAAAGAGUCUGUCCGUGGACAAGACAUCUUCAUCAUUCAAACCAUUCCCAGAGAUGUCAAUACAGCCAUCAUGGAGCUGCUGGUUAUGGCUUAUGCCCUGAAGACUUCCUGUGCCAAGAACAUCAUUGGGGUCAUUCCCUACUUUCCUUACAGCAAGCAGUGCAAGAUGAGGAAGAGAGGAUCCAUUGUCUGCAAGCUGCUCUCAUCCAUGCUAGCUAAAGCUGGGCUAACUCACAUUAUCACUAUGGACCUCCACCAGAAAGAAAUCCAGGGCUUCUUCAGUUUCCCUGUUGACAAUCUAAGAGCUUCCCCCUUCCUUAUUCAGUACAUCCAGGAAGAGAUCCCAGACUAUAGGAAUGCCAUAAUUGUUGCAAAGUCUCCUUCAGCUGCCAAGAGAGCUCAGUCCUAUGCUGAGAGGCUGCGGCUUGGGCUGGCAGUGAUGCAUGGGGAGGCCCAUCAUUCAGAGUCAGACAUGGCUGAUGGCCGACACUCUCCCCCCUUGUCCCGCACCACCACAGGACACACCGGCCUGGAGCUGCCAUCAAGCAGCAGACAUCAUGUCCCAUUCCCUGGGAUAGAGCUCCCAAUGAUGAUGGCGAAGGAGAAACCGCCUAUCACUGUUGUCGGAGAUGUAGGAGGAAGAAUCGCCAUCAUUGUUGAUGACAUCAUAGAUGAUGUGGAGGACUUUGUUGCAGCAGCAGACAUCCUGAAGGAGAGGGGAGCCUACAAGAUCUACAUCAUGGCUACACAUGGCCUGCUGUCUGCAGAGGCACCAAGACUAAUAGAGGAGUCUGCAAUUGAUGAGGUUGUGGUGACCAACACUGUUCCUCAUGAGGUACAGAAGCUGCAGUGUCCAAAAAUCAAAACCGUGGAUGUCAGUAUGAUCCUGGCUGAGGCCAUCCGGCGCAUCCACAACGGAGAGUCCAUGGCCUAUCUGUUCCGCAACAUCGCUGUGGAUGACUGAGGCAACACACACAUACGUUUACAUUCCUGCACACACAAAGCAAACACAUUACCACACUGAGGACCAAGAAUCAAGUUUACUCUAGUCUCUGUUUUAACCUGUUGUUCCUGCUUGUUUUGCCGAUAAAUAUACUCAGAGAAAUUGUCCCUAUUUACUAUAUGUUACAUAUGAAGCAGCUCAGACUCUGCUUUGUUCCUGUGAUAUGUUGCAUAGUGGAACUGUACAAACAGUACAAACUGUUUCACUUCACUAAUAUAUGGUUCUUACCAUUUUGAAACACAAAUAACACAACACAAUGUGUCAUGCAGCCUCUUAUGCUGCAGAAUUUAGCAAAUAAAACUAUUCCUCUUGGGUGAGUGAAA